AUGGACGACAUUGAGAUGACGCCGGUGCCGGCUGUAUCUGGCCAUUCUGGCUCCUACUCAUGGCCGACAUCGAUUCCGUCUCGUCUUCAAGAACAACAUCAGGAUGUCAAGAACAAAAAUCCCGGUAUAAAUGUACUGCUCCUCAAAAACACUGCUGUAGCGCGAAAGGUUGGCGACGAGCCUCGAGUCUACAGAUACUACAUGGGCACGAAGGGAUCCGGUGAACAGCUCGACACACACUUCUACCCUAAUCAAGGCAAGUUCAUUGUCGGAGAGAAAGCUCAUUCUGGAGGGCUCCUAGCCGCAGUUUGGUCAGGUUCCCCUGGUUUACCACAUCCUGUCAUACUCGCAAAGUCGCCUACCCAAAACAAGACGAAAAGCUUAUUCAGGCCCCUCUGGAAUGGCGACUACAUGUCAGACAAUUUCGAUAUCGAAAGGAUCUGUGAGCCCGAAGCAGCUAGAGAGACGGUCAUUGCUACCCCAAAAGCCCAGGCUGCAAGCAUUUCCAAAGGUGUAGCCGGUAUCAUUGCAAUUAACGAGCAUCAGUCGGACGUAGUGGAAACUUCGCAACACCGGGAUCCCAAUAGCCGCGAUCGAGGCUCCGUCGACGGUACUGGCCAGUCUUCGAGACAAGAUGAGCGUCCUGCAAAGCGCCUCAAGACCAGCGGCCACGGAGCAAGCCGGGCAUGCGUAGCUUGUGUUGAGUCAGAGCUGGAGUGCGAAGACGAGCAUCCUUGCCAACACUGUGUCAUGGGUGGUCUUGCGUGCACGGUCAGCCAGCCUGCACCGAGUGCGGUCUACAAUCAUAAUCGCACUGGAUCCUCUGCACAAGACUUCGAGCCUGCCGGAGAUCCUCAGGAUGAGCCAGAGGCCACUGCAAUGCUCAUUAAUGACAACGACGACGCAGGCGUCGAAAGCGAAUCUGAUAUCUGGGAGCUUGUCAAUCGGGUCAAGAGAAAGCACAACUCACAACGACGGACAUCGUUCACGCGCGAGGAUUGGUCAUCAUCGCCGGUAGCCUCGCCUCAGCUCGCUCCAUCGGUUCCACGGCAAGUGCAGGGAGAGACGAGGCAAGGACCUACAGCGACAAUCGACAGCGAAGAUACUGUCUUGCAUAGUGACACCGUCGUCGUCGAUGUCCCAGAGUCCGAGAGAGAAGACAUUGCCAAUCAAGUGUCGGCUACCCAGCAGCAUCAAAUGUCCAUGGUAGCCUUGGUCAACAAUCGUGAGUUUCACAGUCACCCAAAGGAACUUGGGGAUGGUCAUUCGUUCCAGCUCCAACAGACCGCAGGUGAAGGCGAUUCGGGGCUUGAUGAAGUUUCAGACGUCCACGAAGAUGACAUUUCGGUUGACUCCGAUAUUGAUUUCCACGAAGAAGAGGUGACUGCACCAACCGUGCCUGACACUGCGCGCAAAUCGAUCCAGGUACAGCGAUAUCGCCUGGCGCGCCUCGCAACUCACGGCGUGUUGCUUAAGCCUGAUUGCCAUGAUCUUGUGAUCGAUGGAGCAGACAAAACUAUCUGGGUCAGUACUACCCACAAUGAAGUCGACUUCGAUCUUGUGAAGGGCCCGUCGAGGAUUGACAACAUUAUUGUUGUUAAGCACAGCUCAGGUUCUGUACCAAUAGUGGAAAUCAAGUUCCGUGGCGGUCGCGAUAUAGAUCUCAUGUUUGAGUUGCAUAGUCGCGAAGCAGUCUUUCACAUGGUGUCGACACUACAGGCCAUAGAUCAGACACUAAGUGUGUCCACCAAGGGCAGCGAGCACUUGGAAACGCUCUUCCAGCUUGCGUUGCAAACCGCGACAUCUGGGAGGCCAUCAGCCAUUCCUGGCAGCGUUACAAGAGAACAUGGAUCGGUGGCUCGGGAUAACAAGACACCGGCCCAAAGCGCGCAAACCUCCUUCGCCAAUGCGAUGGUCCAGACAGCAAAGCCGAUGCCCGUCGCUAUGGCAGGCGAGACUACGUCGGAACUGCCACCGAGCCCUAACAUCCUGGGUCCUCCACCCCUAUCCGACGCCCGCAACGAUCCACCCGUGCUUUUAAACAUGUCUAACAUCGAGGUCGAAGUCUCCCUGAAGGAAGGAAAGCCUCCUUUCACGAUGCGCUGGCACGAACUGAAUGAAGAGCGGUGGCAGAUUGUGCUGGGAACAGCGCUCUCAUCAGACAACGACGAGGAGAUCGGCCCUGUGGAAGCGGUGGUGACUGAUCAAGAUCCCACCAACGGCUUGAGGCAAAACCGCACCGCUACGCAGAGCUGCUCCGGGCUUUACACAAGCUUCGGGGAGUUCAGUGCCGAUGUUGCGAGAUCCUUGGGGGCAUGCUCGCCAAGAAGGGUGAAGGUGAAAUAG